AGGAGUCGGCGGAGAAGGCGGAGACCGCCGGGCACCGUGAGCCUCGGCGCAGACCUCGCGCGAAACAGUGUCGCGAGAAUUAGCAAGUCCCGCGCUUGCGCUUUGCCGCGGUGGUCCGUGGCGCGGUCGGAGCGUGAAGGGAGCUGGGUGGUGUGGAGGCCGGCGCCGCCUCGAGCCCUCGCCACCAUGAGCGGGACUUUAGCGAAGAUCGCAGAGAUCGAAGCCGAGAUGGCUCGGACUCAAAAGAACAAGGCUACAGCACAUCACCUUGGGCUGCUUAAGGCUCGCCUUGCUAAGCUUCGAAGAGAACUCAUCACUCCGAAAGGUGGCGGUGGUGGUGGGCCAGGAGAAGGUUUUGAUGUGGCUAAGACAGGCGAUGCUCGAAUUGGGUUUGUGGGUUUCCCAUCUGUGGGGAAGUCAACUCUGCUAAGUAACCUAGCAGGAGUGUAUUCUGAAGUGGCAGCAUAUGAGUUCACUACUUUGACCACCGUGCCUGGUGUCAUCAGAUAUAAAGGAGCCAAGAUCCAGCUCCUGGAUCUCCCGGGUAUUAUUGAAGGUGCCAAGGAUGGGAAAGGGAGAGGUCGUCAAGUCAUUGCAGUGGCCCGAACAUGUAAUUUGAUCUUGAUUGUUCUGGAUGUCCUAAAACCCUUGGGACAUAAGAAGAUAAUUGAAAAUGAGUUGGAAGGCUUUGGGAUUCGCUUGAACAGCAAACCUCCCAACAUUGGCUUUAAGAAGAAAGACAAGGGAGGCAUUAACCUCACAGCCACUUGCCCUCAGAGUGAACUAGAUGCUGAAACAGUGAAGAGCAUUCUGGCUGAAUACAAAAUUCACAAUGCUGAUGUGACUCUGCGUAGUGAUGCCACAGCUGAUGACCUCAUUGAUGUGGUCGAAGGGAACAGAGUUUACAUCCCCUGUAUCUAUGUAUUGAAUAAGAUUGAUCAGAUCUCCAUUGAGGAAUUGGAUAUUAUCUACAAGGUACCUCACUGUGUACCCAUUUCUGCCCAUCACCGCUGGAAUUUUGAUGACCUGUUGGAGAAGAUCUGGGACUAUCUGAAACUAGUGAGAAUUUACACCAAACCCAAAGGCCAGUUACCAGAUUACACAUCUCCAGUGGUACUGCCUUACUCCAGGACCACAGUGGAAGAUUUCUGCAUGAAGAUUCACAAAAAUCUUAUCAAAGAAUUUAAAUACGCUUUGGUCUGGGGUCUCUCUGUGAAACACAAUCCUCAGAAAGUAGGGAAAGACCAUACAUUGGAAGAUGAAGACGUCAUUCAGAUUGUGAAGAAGUGAAACCGAGUUCCCAUCUGCUGGCCAGCCACAGCAGUGUUCUACGACCAGUUCCCACCUCGACCCUUCUGUCUUUGGCAGCCAUUGGAUUGGGACACAGGGAUGAUACGGAGACUCCAAACUGGAACAUCAGUUGUCUUUUUUUUUGAGAUGGGGUCCAAUUUAUUUCAGGCUGGCCUUGAACUCUGUAGCUGGGGCUCACCUAGAAUUCUUUAUUCAUCAGCCUCCAUCUCCCAAGUGCUGGGCUUCCCAGUGUGUAUCUGCACCUCAGCAACAUUACUUUUCUUGCCUGGUGUCACUUCUGAACUGUAUAAAAUCCCUGGUGGGCUCAUUGGCUUUGUGUCAUCGUCAGAUUUGCUGUGGGGUGAACUGAAUGAGGAAAGGCCUGUAUGUACGGGGAGACAGCUGUAGAAUGUGAAAUAGCUAAUGUGACAUGUAACGUCCUUUGUGAUGAGAGGCUCUUUCACCUGGCUUGGCUUUCUUCCUUUCGGGUGGCCUUUUCUCAGGACAUUGGAGAGGAAGGAGAUGAUAAAGUUAUCUACUCAUUUCCUCCA